CCCGCGCUCGGCGGGAGAAUUCGAACGGGCCUCGCUCGGCUCCCGGGCGCGCGGCGGGGUUCCCGCUCCGGGCCUCCUCUCUAGGCCUCUUCCUGAGCCUCUUCCUGAGGCGGAUCAUCCCGCGGGCAGCGCUGCCGAGAGCGCCCUGCGUGUCGCUCCGCGCUGCUGGAAGCGGAACCCGCAGCUCCGCCAGGAUUCCUGCCUGAGGGAGCGUCAGCCAGGAUAAACAAGACCACAAUGAAGCGCGAAGCAUUUUUAAAAGUGGUGUCUAAAGACUCAAUUGAAGACUUCUUGCAUUAUACGCAGAAUUCUAAAAAUACAUUUGAUCCUUUUGACUUGAAUGAACUACUUCAAGAACUGCCGAGAAAGCAAAAAGAAGUGCUGUGGGUGAGACUGACACAGCUAUUGACAGAUACUUUGAUGGAGAACCCUGUGGAAACAUGGCAGAGGAUUGAAGAUGAUGAAUGUAAUGAUGACAUGGAAGUUGAGAUAGUUCCAGAAAUGAAACAAACUGUAGCUGUGAUCCAAGGAGUGACAGCUGUAGUUACUGCUUCCAUACCUGCAGUGGAUGAAACUGUGAACUACAAAGCUCUUCUAGAAUGUGUUUUGAUAUUAAAUGGUAUCCUUCCUGCAUUAUCUAAAUCUGAAACCCCCCUACAAGGUGCUAUCCAGUGCGUAUGUGAAAUGUGGUGGGAGAAAGGACUGGAAGGGAAGGAGCAGCUUGGGAAGACUCUGUUCAUCAUUCUGCUAAGAAAAAGCCUGAAUAAAGCUUCUACGAAUGCAGAUGUAGUUCGUCUAUGGAAUCUACAUCAGACAUUACUUUGUUUUGAUUAUGAUUCAGAGGAGUGUAAUGAAGUCAAGGACUUGUUGCUUCAGUGUUUUAUGACUGAAAAACACAUUAAAAGAGAAGAGGGAAGAAGAUUCUUGAGCUUUUUAUUCAGCUGGAAUGUAAACUUCAUUAAAAUGAUACAUGGAACUGUUAAAAACCAAUUACAAUUCUUUCCAAGAUCCUUGAUGGAGUCCAUAUCUGAAGUUUACUUUAGGGCCUGGAAGAAAGUGUCAGGAGAAUUCUUAGAGAUACUUGAACAUAACUGCAUUCAGGAUUUCAUGCAUCAUGGAAUUCAUCUUCCCAGAAGUUCUCCUGUUCAUUCUAAAGUUAGAGAGAUACUGUGUUAUUUUCAUAAACAAAGUAAGGUUCGUCAAGGAGUCGAAGAAAUGCUCUAUAGAUUGUAUCAGCCUAUCCUUUGGAGAGCACUGAAGGCAAGAAACUCAGAAGUUCGAUCAAAUGCAGCAUUUUUGUUUGUUGACGCUUUUCCUGUGCGUGAUCCCAGUUUUAACACUGAAGAGAUGGAUAAUGAAAUUCAAAGACAGUUUGAAGAACUUUUUAAUCUCUUAGAAGAUCCUCAUCCAGUUGUCCGCUCUGCAGGCAUACUUGGAGUUAGUCAGAUAACCUCCAAAUACUGGGAGAUGAUUCCUCCACCAAUUCUUGCAGAUCUGUUAAAAAAACUAACUGGAGAGCUGGCAUGUGACAUAACAUCUGCUGAUGUUCGAUGCUCUGUUUUUAAAUGCCUACCAAUAAUUUUGGACAAUAAACUAAGUCAUCCAUUGUUGGAGCAGCUCCUGCCAGCUGUCAAAUACAGUCUUCAUGACAGUUCAGAGAAAGUGCGAGUGGCUUUUGUUGAUAUGCUGCUAAAAAUUAAGGCUACCAGAGCUGCUAAGUUCUGGAAAAUCUGUCCCAUGGAUUAUCUUCUGACUCGUCUUGAAGUUGAUUCACGGCCUGUGUCACGACGCAUAGUGGAUCUCUUAUUCAACUCUUUCUUUCCGAUUAACCAACAUGAGGAUGUGUGGUGUGAGCGCUGUGUUACUCUAAUCCAGAUGAAUUCAGCUGCAGCUAGAAAGUUCUAUCAAUAUGCUCACGAGUAUACUGCCCCCACCAAUAUAGCUAAGUUGAUGCUUACUAUUCGGCGCUGCUUGAAUGCCUGCAUUCAGAAAGCAAGGAAAGAGAAUCUUCAUGAUAGUGGCGACGACGACGACGAUGAUGAUGAUGAUGAUGAUGAUGAUGGUGAAAGUGAAAAGGAGAAUACAAGUGUAUUGAAUAAUGUGUUGUCAAUAAAUGAUGUGGCCAGCAUGGCAAGUUUAUUGGAGAUUACUGUAAUUCUCUGGAGAAGUAUUCACAAAGCACUAGAUCACAAUCAAGAUGCCAAAGAAUAUGCUAUCAGAAAAUUUGCUUCUGUACUGCCUGAAUAUUUUAAAGUAUUUAAGGAUGAACGUUGCAUGAUUCCAUUGGUUAUUCUGGCAUCUUUUAUGCCCCCUGCUGCUAUUCCUACAUUCAGCUGUGGUGUGAUCUCCAGACUCAAAAAUAUUGACAGUGGAGCUGACCAAAGCAAAUAUUCUAUGCUGAUAGACUGCAUGUGUCGCUGGGGCCAAGUGGGACACGUUAUGGAAUUAGUUUGUGAUUGGUUGUCUGACACGCUAACCCCAAGAGAGAGUAUUAAGACAUCUGAACGACGAGUACGUAUUCAUGUAACACAUGAAUCCAAGCCAGAAUUAGCAAUUGAUUACCUCGAAUAUUUAUUGACUCAUCCUGUUAAUCGUGAUUGUCUACUCUCUGUUCCUAAAAAAAAACUGAAGAAGCUUUUGAAAAUUCUCAGUGCUGCAAAGGAGGUUCUUGGCUCAAUUCUUAAAGCAAACGAUGCAGGUCCUGGUAGGUGCAAUCAAACAACUGCCCUUAGAGCCUUCAGCCUCUUCUGCAGAUUGAAUAUUCAUCUUCAGAACAAGUUUUCUGAAGAAGGAGAAGAUUACCUCUCGCUUCUGAAGGAGACAGGUGCUUGGCUAGAAAGUCAAGUUAUGCCUUUUAUAGUAGAAAGUGAUCAAGCGGAUGGCAUUUCAAAACACAGUAAUGUUUCUGAAUUAAUUAUCCAGGCCUACCUCUCAGUAUGUAAAGAUGUCAUAAUGGUGGGCCUUGGAAAUCUCGCGUUUCAAGCACAGCUAUUAGAUAUGGCUCUUUCAGUUAUACAAACAGAGAGAGGCGGCUUUUGUGCUCCAGUGUUACUGUAUACUUUAAAAGAAAUUAUUGAAGCUUCUUUAACUCAGAAUACUGAGUCAGAUGAUGUGACAAGUCUUUUGCACACUGUACAGACUGUGUUCCAGAAAGUUUUAGAAUGUGUGGCACAUAGACUCAAGAAACAGCAGGAAGAAGGGAUUCAGUUGAUUCACACUAUUCAAAUGCCUCUUGGAGAAUUCAUACAUACAGUCCAGUGCUGCCAUUCGUCUUGCCCAGCAGUUCACAGAGGUGUACUCUCUACUCUCCUAGCUGCAAUAAUUGCAGAGAUAAAUUAUGUGCUACAGAAGACUUCCCGUGAAACAGACUUCACUAUACCAAAGACGAAUUCAGAACUUCCUCCUCUUUCAAGCAGUUUAAUGUCCAUAAUUAUGAAAUCAGUUAAUGUUGUCAGGUCAUUUUUAAACGAAUUAAUGGAAUGCAUUCUCUCUGAAGAAAUAGAAGGGAUUUUUAGUCUAACAGCUACUAUCUGCAUUGUGAUUAUAAUUAAAGGUAAGCACAAAACUUCACUUCUGAAAGAUUUUGUACCUGCCAUUCAAAGGAAGCUGAUGACAUGCAAGGAUGCUGCCACAGAAGAAUCUAGCAGCACUGAAAGAAUCCUGUAUGCAUCAUCUCUGAAAAUUUUGGAUGAAUUUUUGAAUCCUUGACCACGCAGAAGCUUUUGUCAUGAAAAUUAAUGGAAGGAAGGUGUAUUACUUUCUGAAAAAAAAAAAUUUGUAAACUUCUUAAUAGUUAAAGUUUGGAAUUUAUUCUGUACAUUUAAAGCAGGAAAAUGUAUAAAAGUGUGUAUAGAAAUGAUGUAUUAGUAAAGGUUUUUUCAAACAGCUGUAAAGAGGUUAUUCUCUAUAAAAAUGUCUUAUUUGGGGGUUGUAAAGUCAGUAUUUUUGUAAAACUAAUUGUGUCUUACAUACUUUGAGACUGAGGUAGUAUGUAACCUCCGUCUUGUGAAGAUGAGAGCGUAUUUUUAGAGUUUAUGCAAAGGAAUUUAAUUUUGAUACGCAUGAAGGACAAAAUGGUGAUUGAGAAUAGCUGACAUGAGUUCACCAGGGGCAAACUCUGCCUGAUCACCAUCCCUUUUGCAGAGGAAAAAAGAUCAGAGAAUAUCAUCUUUCCUGUCCUUCCUCCUAACAGAGACUUUUACACAGGCUUAUAUAGUAUCCUUUUAGUCAAGUUGGAGAGAGAGUUGGACUGCAUGGGUGGACUCAAAAGUCAGGUGGGAAACUGGACCAUCAGACUUGAGGAAUAAUAAUGCUGCACAUUAAGAUUGCAAGCCAGUUACUGUGGCAGUCUGUGGGGCAGAUACUGUUGCCAAUACUACUUAACAUUUUUAAUAAAAGCUUGGGCGAUGGGAUGAAUUGCAACCUUAGUCUGUUGGCAGAUGACCCCAGCUUGCUACCAGUGCUUGAUACAUUGAGGAUUAGAGUGGUCCUGUUCAAUGGGAUCCUGCCAAGCUGGACUUAAGGAUCAACACAUCUCAUGACAUCCAACAAAGACACCUGUAAUGGAGUAAUCCUGUGUUCCAGCCCAGGCAAGUGAAGAAGAGGGGUUGCAUUGCUGUCUUCACCUACCUGUAUGAGGAUUAAGAAAAGAUUUUACUCAGAGGUACCAAUGAAGAGAAUACGUGGCAAUAGAAACAACUUGAAGUAAGAGAAGUUUUUGUUGGAUGGAAGAAAAAAAUUCCAUCAUAAGAGUGAAUUGAAACUGGAAAUGGAACAGGAACAGGUUCCUCAGCAAGGCUGUGGAAUGUCCUUGCUCGAGAGGCGCGCAGAACUUGACUGACCAUUGUGUCAUCAUUUUGAAGUUAACCCUGACUGAGGCAGGGAUUGGACUAGUUUAUAUCCUGAACUUCUUCCCAGCUUGAAUACUCAUGUGAUUCAGCCGCAAGUGUACAGGAGGGGAAAUACCCUAGCUAUUAAAUGUAUACUUUAUUGACACAUAAGUUAGAUUGUUUUAUGUUUAACUAUUUUUAUAAAUUAAUACUAAUGAUGCAGAUGAUAAUGCAGACAUGUAAGUCACUUAUUUAAUUCUGUUAAUGCAGCCAGAUGCUCUCUUAAGACCAGUAAUAGUGCUGAUUGCAGAAUGUUAUUUUGCCUUAACUGAGAUAUCUGUGAAUUUCAUGUCUAAGCUCAUAGUGUGGUUUAACCCAGCCAGCAAUGAAGCACCACACAGCUACUCACUCAUUACCAUGCCCUCGGUGGGGUGGGGAAAGGAUUGUAAGAGCAGAAGUGAGAAAGAAGCUCAUGGGUUGAGAUAAAAUAACCUGAAAAUUGAAAUAAUUUUUAAAAAUUGUAAGGAAAAGAGAAAAAAAAAUAGGAGAAAGGAAAAUAAAACCUAAAAAGACCAAUGAAAACAAUUGCUCACCACCAACUGGCUGAUGCCCACCUGCUCCCAUCGUGGCAGUCCUGCCACCAACCUCCCCACCCUGCUGUUAUUGCUCAGCGUCAUGCGGGGGUGUCCCUUUGGUCACUGGGUCAGCUGUCCUGGCUAUGUCCACUCUUAAAUUCUUGUGCUCCCCCAGCCUCCUUACUGGUGAG